ACCGUUGACGUUGUAAUUUUGUUUGACACUCCCUGACGUUCAUGUUAUCUUAUCAAACGCACGAACUUUUUCAUAGCAUUAAUCGCCUUAGUUGGCUGCUGUUAAUAGUGGUGCCAUGUAAAUUUAGUUAACCAAAGUAACACCGUAACUAUCUCCCUUCCCAAUUUCGGCCGUUCCGUGUCCUACGUGGAACAUUUUGACCUUUAUCUUAAAUUGAAAACUCCGCAAAAAUGUCAAAAGUAUACAAGAUGAUUGUCGGCGUUGCGGACAGAUUUGUCCCUGGUGCCAUGCGUCCAAUGUGGGAACAUCCAGCUGGACCAAAAACAAUAUUCUUCUGGGCGCCUGCAUGCAAAUGGGCUCUGGUAGCAGCUUCGCUGGACGCUUACACCCGACCUCUGGACAAGGUGUCCGUCAGUCAAUCGGCUUCUCUCUCCGCUACGGGGCUGAUCUGGACUCGAUAUUGUCUGGUCAUCAUUCCUAUAAACUAUUCUCUCGCUAUUUGCAACUUCAUGCUGGGUCUGGCCAAUGGUGUGCAGACCUAUCGUGCCUACCGGUACCAAAGUCAGCAUGGCAUGAUUUAAUUUCAUGGAAUUUAACGCGUUUGCUGAUUGUCCUGAUUGAAAAUUGGUUACUUACAAAUUAGGUACAUCUAGGGUAUUCUGUUGAGUGUGUGUGUGUGUGUGUAAUUGAGCUCAAUCGCAUUCUCGCCCGUGAUUGGUCGAGAUUAUUCUUGCAACCAAUGCCAUGGCGCACCGCGAUCGAGCUCACUUUGAGAGUUCAAAAUUCGAAUUGACAUUUUACAGAUAAGCCUAGUUGUUUGCGUCAAAUAGGGACACUGAGGGUACCUACCUACUCAUAUAUAUUUGUUUGUACUGAUAUUUUGAUGUAUUGGUUGCAUCUACAAUAUUAUCUAAUACUAGAUUUCUGCCAACGACUUCAUACGCACAAGUAGGUGGUUGCCGUGAGUAUUCAAGGAAAUUCACUUUUAAUGAUCCCCUAGACUCCCCAAGGAAAAUACAUGCUAAGUUUUAGCUUCCUAGUUUUAGGCUAGUUUCGUCUGUACUAUGUCUAUCAGUCAGUCACUCAGCAACGAAAGAGUUGUAUAUGUAACUAUAACUAUAAAGAUAUUUGAGUACCGAGUUUCCCUACCUACUUGACGCUCAAUAAAUGUUAUUUUCUUUUUCAAUUUUAUGGUUAUACUUAGUCACAAAAUGUUUGUCGAGUCCCAUUGAUAAAGAUUAGGAUACAGCAAACGCGUUAAAUUUACAAAAUAUCUUCUACAACGUAAAACAAUUAAUACUUAAUUUUACCAUGUUACUUCAAGCAAAGAAUUUUGAUCAUCGUAAUCUAAUCGAUUAUAUAUUCAAUACUUUUUAAUUUUUCAUAAGUUUUACUUAUUUUUUUUGAGUGUCAUGGCUGUUUAUAAGCCACGAAACGAAACGCUGAAACUUAACUUAAGGUAAAGGGUAAAAUAACGAAUUUAUUACUUUUAAAAACUAAACUACUAUUUGUAACUAGUCACAAAUUUUGAAAAAACAUUCUUGCCAAAAAUAUACCCACCUGGCAACACUUUAGCUACCUGAUUUAAUUUAAAAACUAAUAUCUAAAACUAACAUUUUUGAAAAUUUAUCUUCAAUUAAAACUUAUUUCUUGAAGCAAAUACAGCCUAAUUUUGACGUCAAACUAGACUGGUACUCUCAAACUAAAUCAAAGAAUAAUGGACUUUAACGAAAUCAUUCGUGAAUCUAUAUUCAUUUGCAUACUAAGUAACCAGUACAAGUUGACUUAAACUAUAAUAUCUAUAUUACUGCGCUAACAAGGCUCAAGGUCGAUAUUAUAUUGAACAAUAUGUGCCGAUAUUAUAACUCUGUCACAUUUAUGUAAUCGCACUUUACUUAUGCGUGUUACUAACUACCUCAUACAUAAAGGUACUGUUACAUAUUCUCUAAAUAAUAUGUUAAAAGGCGUUCUAUUGAGUACUUAGCUGUGCCCGCAAUUAGUCACUUUGGAUAGGUCUCCACAGCUCCUCCCAUGUAAGUAAUAGCGUGAUAAUACAGCCUAUAUGUUGACCCGGCCUCUAAGCAAUAUUCAUGCAAAAUUUAAAGUAAAUCCAUCUAGUAAUUGUUGAGUUUAGCCCGGACAUACAAACAGACUAAAGUUCUAUAAACUACAUUUUUAGUAUCUAUAUUGAUUGCAGAUAAGAAAUCAAUUCAAUAUACAGUUUUGACUUUCCUACGAUUUUAUUAUAAUUACUAGCUAUACCCGCGACUUCGUCCGCGUGGAAUAGUUCUUUACAGCUCCUCCCAUGUAGGUUUUAAAGUGAUAAUAUGUAGCCUAUAUAUUGACCCGGCCUGUAAGCAAUAUUCAUGCAAAAUUUGAAGUAAAUUCAUCCAGUCCUAUUAAUUUUAGCCCAGGCAUACUAACAGACAAAUAUUUUUUAAACUAUAUUUAUAGCAUCGAUAUCGAUUGCAAAUUAAGAUAGAAAUUCAAUGUACAGUUAUGACAUUCCUGAGAUUUUAUUAUAUGAAUACAUAGAUGCUCAAAAAAUGUUCAAAAGUCGAAUGCCUGUCGAUCUACCUGAAAUGAGCGUGCUAAUUUUGACCAUCACGACACACAUGCUAUUAAGUGACAAGUGUUCAAUUGAAGCAUGCUUUCAUGCUUGAAAUUAGAAUGUGUAACAGUACCAACAGUUGUUUGUAGUUCUAACAAGAGCUAGGAAUGUUUUUGUAAGGAUUUCCUUGUUAAUAAGCUAUUCACAUUUCUCAAUAGACGGUGAAUACAGCGUACCUGAUUUUCCUUUAAAUUUAACCCACGAUAAGACUUGACGUGGGUUAAAUAGGAAAGGAGCAGGGGCUAAUAAUUGUAAUAAUUAUGAAUUGUCUUGUUUAUUGCAAACUAUAGGACUGCGUUUGUCGACUCCCACAAUAUAAUGUAAUAUUACUAAAUUAAAUUUCAUAUUAUGAUCGUCCAUUUACGAGAAAUUGAUUAUUAAAAUGAGGAAGCAGGAAUCCUAGUUAAAUUCAUUCCUAGCAAUUUUAGAUACCUAUCCAGCAGAAUACUAACAUAUACUUAGUUAAGUGCCUAUAUCUUUGCCAGUACUAUAAAACGAAGGUGGCUUGAACAUUUUGCCGCAAAAUUAAAUCUUCUGAUACAAAUAUUAUUACUAAAUUAAUUUUUACGGUUUACCUACUUACUUAACCGUUCGACGACCUCGUCGAGAUACCUAUCUCGACUAAUUUCAAGCCAUGCCUGGGGUCUUUAGUCAGCUCAUGAGCAGCUUAUUAACAGUAGCACGCCGGUAAUCGCACAUACUGAUCAUGAAUAUGAAAUCCUAAUGUGGUUUUGAACUAAUCGAGUUACCUGAUCGAACAGGUACAAUAAUAUGCUGUAGGUACCUAGGUAUAACAAAAAUAAUUUCUUGGGUAUUCUACAAUCUUAUUGUACCUAUUUGUUUAUUUGA